AUAUUUGAUCGAUAACGGUCACACUGAUUGGUGGCCGCUAAACAAAUUGAUUUUUCGCUUUAAUUUUAAUUAAAGCUACGUUCACAACUGAAUCCUAUUAGAAAAGAAAAAAGAACAGAAAAAAUGACAACUUCGCAGGUUGACCAGAAGCGCGCGCUGAACAAGCUCAAGCAUGAUUUGGAGCCUUUCCGAAAUGCUAUAGUGAAUGUGUAUGGCGUCCUCACCUGGGAGAAGAACUACUACCCCUGUGUGGUGUUUGGCACCAUAAGCGUCAUUUAUCUCGUGCUCUGGUUGAUGGAUCUGUCGGUCAUAACGAUGCUGUCGCUUCUGGCACUGCUGAUUACCGUUUCGGGCUAUGUCUUCCCCAUAAUUUCCGGCUUGCUCUUCAGUGGCGUCAAUUGGGAUGGAGAGUAUGAGGCCAAAUUCGAAGAUGUUUGCGGACAAAUUCACAGCAUCAAGGCAAACCUGGUCGUAUGGAAUGAGUAUAUGUUCAAGGAGCGCAAGUCGACAGUGGUCGUGAUCAUGAUAAGCUCGGUCCUAUUGGCCCUGGCUUGGAUUGGAGCCAUCGUCAACAAUCUUCUGUUGAUGUACCUUGUGUCUCUUUCUGUUGCCAUGUGGCCUGGUCUGCAGGACAAGGAUGUCUUCAAGGGCAUCACACAGAAGGCCUCCAAGCUCAUCAACGAGAAAAUUCAAUGCGGCAAGCGGAAGCUGCAGUAAAGAGCCAAGCAAAGCAUCUGCUCCUCGUCACCUCUGCACCACACACAGCCAUCACAUAUGACCAAAUAUUAAACAAACCUAAGUCAUCAUCAACUCGCCAUCACAUCAUGCACAUCGCAAACGCAUUUACAAUACAAACAUCUGUGGAAGUGUGGAGCAUGGUAACUAUUUAUAUCAUAAACUUUUGAAAAUCUCGAAGAGCCCAACGUGGAGUUCGCCCUAUCAUUAUUUAUAGUUUAGGUUCUUAAUGGAAUAGCAAAAGAAUGUCAGAUCGGGCAAGAGAAGAGGCAGCCGAUGUGAGCAAUUAAAAGCGCAACAAAAUA